AUGGAGGCCAUCGCCAAGUUUGAUUUCACUGCGUCCGGUGAGGACGAGCUGAGCUUCCACACCGGGGAUGUUCUGAAGAUCCUAAGUAACCAAGAGGAAUGGUUCAAAGCAGAGCUUGGGAGCCAAGAAGGCUACGUGCCCAAGAAUUUUAUAGAUAUCCAAUUUCCCGAAUGGUUUCACGAAGGCCUCUCUAGACAUCAAGCAGAGAACUUGCUCAUGGGCAAGGAGGUGGGGUUCUUCAUCAUCCGCGCCAGCCAGAGCUCCCCGGGAGACUUCUCCAUCUCUGUCAGGCAUGAGGACGACGUCCAGCACUUCAAGGUCAUGCGAGACAGCAAGGGCAACUACUUCCUGUGGACAGAGAAGUUCCCGUCCCUUAACAAGCUGGUGGACUUCUACAGGACGACGUCCAUCUCCAAGCAGAAACAGAUCUUCUUGAGGGACAGAAGCCGAGAGGAUCAGAGUCGCCGGGGCAACAGCCUGGACCGGAGGCCCCAGGGAGGGCCACCCAUCAGUGGUACUGUGGGGGAAGAAAUCCGGCCGGUGAUGAGCCGCAAGCUGUCAGAUCACCCAGCCACCCUGCCUGCCCAGUACCACCAGUCACCUCCCCAUUAUCCCACUGCCACGCAGCCACCACAGCCACGGUACCUGCCGCAUCACCAUCUCCACCAGGACCGCCGUGGAGGCAGCCUCGACAUAAAUGACGGCCACUGUGGGGCAGGAAUGGGCAGCGAGGUGAAUGCUGCCCUCAUGCACCGGAGACACACAGACCCAGUACAACUCCAAGUGGCAGGGCGUGUGCGGUGGGCCCGAGCUCUGUAUGACUUCGAGGCGGUGGAGGACGAUGAGCUGGGGUUCCGCAGUGGAGAGGUGGUGGAGGUCCUGGAUAGCUCCAACCCAUCCUGGUGGACUGGCCGGCUGCACAACAGGCUGGGCCUCUUCCCGGCCAACUACGUGGCACCCAUGAUACGAUGA